CCGGUUUGUGGCUGGCCCCGGACUGCGCAUGCGUGAAGUCAGCGGUUGUUUGAACUCCGGGGCUUCCGUAGAGCCCGACAUGGCUGCUGCAGUGGUUCGAGAGUUGUGUGCACUGUGGGUACCUAACCUGAGGAUCUGGGCAACGCAGACGCUGCGAGUUUUACCCCAAUCAUGUGUCCACACAAGUGCUUCUCUUGAUGUUUCUCGAAGAUGGGAAAAGAAGAAUAAUAUUGUUUACCCACCACAACUGCCUGGUGAACCUCGGAGACCAGCAGAAAUUUACCAUUGUAGGAGACAAAUAAAAUACAGCAAGGACAAGAUGUGGUAUCUGGCAAAAUUGAUACGAGGCAUGUCUAUCGAUCAGGCUUUGGCUCAGUUGGAGUUCAAUGAUAAAAAGGGGGCUCAAAUAAUUAAAGAGGUACUCUUAGAAGCACAAGACAUGGCAGUGAGAGAACACAAUGUGGAGUUCAGAUCCAACUUAUACGUAGCUGAGUCUACCUCAGGUCGGGGCCAGUGCCUGAAGCGCCUCCGUUACCAUGGCCGAGGUCGCUUUGGAAUCAUGGAGAAGGUCUAUUGCCACUAUUUUGUGAAGCUGGUGGAAGGACCCCCACCCCCACCUGAAGCACCCAAGACAACAAUUGAUCAUGCCAAGGAGUAUAUUCAGCAACUUAGAAGCCGAACCAUCAUCCACACUCUGUGACAGUGAUUCUCUCUCCACAGUGUAUAUAUUUUACAUUUAUUUUAAAAAGUAAAACAA